UGAAAAUGCACUCCCAAUCUAACAAAAAGUUAUCAUUAAUUAAAUGUUUGUUUAUUUUAUUUAAUGGUAUUUGGUUUUUGCUGGGAUUAGCACUGGUAGUGAUGGGAACUAUACUUAAAGUUAAUUAUAAAUUAAUUAUUGGCGACGGUAUGGAAAUGGUUAUAAAGGAGUUACCAAACUCUAUGGUAAUAAUAUUUAUGUCAGUGGGCGCUGUCAUUGUUAUGGUCUUCAUGAUAGCCAACUGUGCCGCUAUUGUUAAUGACUACCGAUUGUUAUAUUUUUUUGGUGUUAUUAAUGUACUCUUAAUAUUAGUCCAACUGAUUGCCAUCACAUUAGCCGCCCGUUUCUCAAAUGAAUUGGCAGAUAUCGGUGACAAACGUAUCACAUAUGCUAUAAAACACUACAAAGUUAUGGACACAUAUCAAGAGGUUAACCAAAUGUCAGACAUCGAUCACUUACAAUAUGUAUUAAGAUGUUGUGGGUCUCAUAAACCUGAGGACUGGCAGCUUAAUGAACGCUUCAAUCAAACUCCAAUCAAAUAUCCUUUUUCCUGUUGUCACGACUUAAAGCCUACGCUAUCGGACUGUAAUUCCCGUAGAGUUAGCCAAACACCGGGAUGUGUUGAGGCCAUCACUAAUAGAUAUAGUUAUCGAGUAUUAAGUUUAAUAGUAAUAUCCAUACUCUCUAUAAUUAUACAAAUCAUACUCAUUGUAAUUGCUUAUAGAUUAGGAAAAGGUUUCUAUAAUUACGAAACUAUUUAA